CGCUGGGGCAAGUCCAACAUGGUGCUCGUCCGCUGCGCGCUGUUUCUGUUCCUCUGCAACCCGGUGUGCGCAGUGUUCCAGAAACUCUACUGCGCCAUUUCAGAAAGCUGCGACUGCGACUUCAGACCGCGAAUCAGAGACUUGGAGUGGGACCUCUACAAGAAUGUCUACGGACAGCACCUGGCCCAGGACAUCGUCUCGGAGGCGGUGGCCAGUUUCCUCCAGAAUAAAAGCCCAGACCGCCCCCUGGUGCUGUCCUUCCACGGCUCCUCUGGGACGGGCAAGACUCUGGUCAGCUCCAUGCUGGGAACUCAUCUGUACGGCUCAGCUAUGAGCAGCCCAUUCGUCCACCAGUUUGUUCCCACGCUGCACUUCCCAAUGCCUCAGCGGGUCAAUGAGUACAGGGAGGAGUUGAAGCUCUGGGUCCAGGGGAACCUGACGGAGUGCGGGCGCUCCAUCUUCCUUUUCGACGAGAUGGAGAAGAUGCCUCCAGGCCUCAUCGACGUCCUGGAGCCGUUCCUCGGUCCUUCUCACGUCGUGUUCCGCACCAAUUACCGCAAGGCCAUCUACAUCUUCAUCAGCACCACAGGAGAGGAGGUGAUAAACAAAGUGAGUGUGGAGAACCGAGAGGCUGGUCGGGACCGAGAGGAGAUCAGGUUGUCCGACCUGCAGGACGCCAUCGCACAGUCGGUCUACAACGACACCUCAAGCGGCUUCUUCCACUCCAGCAUCAUCCAGCAGAAGCUCAUCACUCGCUUCGUCCCCUUCCUGCCGCUGAGCCGGCGCCACAUCGAGCGCUGCGCCCGCUCGCAGCUCUGCCAGCAGGGCCGGUGUGGCCGCAGUGACGUGGUGGAGGCAGUAGGGGGCGACAUGGUUUACACUCCGGCUCCGGGACAGUACUUCUCCACCACCGGCUGCAAGGCCGUCUCCGCCAAGAUCAACAUCUUCCUGUGAGCCGGGG